GGGAACUCGAGGGAUCAGCGGGAAUUGAUAUUUAUUAGUCCCCCAUGAGCUACGAAAGGCCGUAUUACAACAAGAGGCGGAAUCGAGAUGACUUCGACAAUCCUCGACGGGAAGUGUACGAGACGCCAGAGCAGAAAAUAAGAACCGCUAUCAUCCGCCUGGGUGAGGUGGAUGUUUUACAGGAGAUCCCUCGAGUGGCGAAGCAGAUUCGUGAACAAGCUGAGGGAAGUGUCCCCGCAAUCUCGGAAGGGUUUCGAAUAGGCGUCACUGAGGAGCCGUACAAGAUUCCGUACUAUGCCCAUCUGCUCCGCCUUCUUCACGAUCCCCCCGAAGGAGAGGCAGAGGCCUCCAGUAGUGGCGGGACAUCACUAGGCAAACAAAUAUUGGAGGAUUUCUGGAAAGGUUUCCAGGCGUUCCUAGAUAAGCUGUCAUGGAGAGAAACACGGUUAUGCAUUCACUUCUUCGCCCACCUUACUAUGGCAAAAGUUAUCUCAGUCCAGUCCAUGUUCAACCUCCUGCAAUCGUUUGUGGCUGUUCUAGAUGAAUUCGGUGUUUCGCAUGGGCGAGCCAAGAGGGCCGGCUUGUGCGCUGCACAAGGUCUGAUGAUUGCGGGGAAAGUGCUGAAAGAAGACUCCGUAACGAACGUCAUCGACAUCAUCAAUGCCAUUCAAAUAUACAUCGAAACUACGUCCGCUGCAAAGCGUUUGGUGCAACCUAUAGUGCACUAUCACGCCGAGUCGGAUACCCUCGAAAAUGCUGACGAAUUAUUGGAAACAGCUCUGGCAGUAUUGAAGACGCUCAAUGCCUCUGACUUUGCCGAGACAGCAAACAGCUAUCCUCAGCCAUACGCUGAUCUCCCAGGCCUGCCCGAGGGCGCGGCUCCGUUCGAGUUGCCAUCAGUCCUUGUUCCCCCCGAGAUUAUUGAAUUGGACGGCCUUGCGGCCGACACCAGCGAGGAUGCACAAGUAAAGAAAGAAGAAUGGCCAGAAUACUACAUCCGGCUCUUCGAUAAUGAAGUGACGCCUGACCCAGUGUCUCCUGCCGGUUACGCCGUACGCUCUGCUCUGCUCGACAUCGUGGAGAUCUUCGAAGUCAAUCGUAAAGAGUGCGCCCGGCUUCUUAUCGAAUACCCGAAAUGGACUCUGCCCGGUACGUUCAAGCCGAGACCUGGUACCCCAGCGGAGUUGCAGCCCGAGCCAGCCCCUGGCAAAAAUUGGCAGCUGGAAAGCACGCUCAUGGAGAUUGUCCUUGGAUCCCUGUUCGUUUUACCGGAGGCCACCUACAAAGCCAUAUAUUACAUCGGCCUGAUCACUGAGAUAUGCAAACUGUCACCGUCUACGGUCGGUCCUGCUGUAGGGAAGUCCAUUCGCCGCCUAUAUGCGUCCCUCGCGGAUGGCCUAGACGUGGAGGUUGCCCGGCGUUUCGCCGAAUGGUUCGCAAUCCACAUGAGUAACUUUGGGUUCCAAUGGGUUUGGAAAGAAUGGGUACCUGACGUGUCCCUAACGCAUCAACACCCCAAGCGUGCGUUUAUGCGCAGAGCGGUGGAAUUUGAGAUCAGACUGGCAUACUUCGAACGGAUUGCCAAGACGCUCCCUGAAGGUCUUCAGGCCGAGGGAGCCCACGUGCUGCCAGAGCACGCCCCAGGCCCUGACUUUGAGUACGACGAGCCUUCGAAUCCUUACCACAAUGCGGCUCAAAGUGUCCUGAACCUCCUGAAGGGUCGCGCGAAAGCGGACGACGUCUUGGCGCACCUCGAGACUUUGAAGACGACCAUCGGCGAGACCGCAGAAGGUGAUGUCAAUGUUGACAGUGUGAUCCGUUCUGUCGCAGUUCAGUCCCUGCUGAACAUUGGUUCUCGGUCGUUCUCUCACUUCCUCAACGCUAUUGAGCGUUACCUCGCUGUCCUUCGUAGCCUUUCUACCGGCGGUAUCGAUGCCAGGACCGACAUCUUGACAGCCGUGUCGUUGUUCUGGAAGAGGAACAGGCAGAUGAUUUCGAUUGUUUUCGACAAGCUCAUGCAGUAUCAGAUCGUGGACCCGACAGAUGUCGUCGCCUGGACGUUUACGAACGGGGUCGGCAACGAGAGGGGUGAUACUGAAGGACCUUCCGCCAUCAAUGCACAUGAUUGGGAUUUGCUGAAGGGUGCGCUAGAUAAAGCUAAUGGAAGAGUGCUCGUGGCUCGGAAGAGAGUGUCGGCCCUGCGAAAGGAAGAGGACGACACGCGAGCCAGAGUCAAAGCAAGUGGGGGAGACGUAGCGUCUAUGGAGGUCGACGCUGAGGCUAAGCCAGACGAGCCUCCUGAAUCCGCUGCGCUGACUACGGCCGUGAAGGCUUUCACCAGUCUUACCACCCAACAAAAGAAUGCAUUGGCGCGAGCGCUGGACGGAUUCAUUGCCUGCCUAGCACCCUUGUCAUCCGAUAGGCGUGCUAACCCCUACGCGCGUGAAGUUCUUACGGAAAAGGCCUGGCACAAUCGCGCGAACUGGACUGACGAUGACUGGAACGCAUGGGAAACCUGGGGCUGGUACCGACACUUCUGCAGAGCGUACUCCCCUUACCUCCGCAGUUAUUCUACUACGCUUGGCACGGUUUCCCUCAAGAAGUUCGAGGGGUCAACAGACCCCGCAGCGUUACAAAUUGUCAAGAUCUGGAAUGUCUCAAUUGGAGAAGAGUCAUGAUGUCCAUUGGAUUCCAUCUCCUUUACCAUAGUUCAGUUUUAACUUGUAUCAUAUUUCCUGACAUUCCUGAUGAGGCGGGUCGGGCUGUCUAUGAAUUUUAUUGAUUGUGAUAUUGC